AAUGUUAAUGUUUGACAAGUAGGAAGAAGGGCCUUGGCUGCCAUAUCUCUGAGGCUUAGACAAGACAGUCGCACUCUUUCAGUUCUCCUUACCGCUUCUACGCGAGUUUAUCUGCAGCUCUGUGAAGGAAUUACACAUUUAAAUAGGAAAGAAAGAGAGAAAUUGAAACAAUGGGUGAGUCAGCUUUGACACUUUUUUAUGUACUGUCAGAAUUUCGUCAUGUUUUGAUCGUCCCAAGGUAAUUUAAGAAAUCUGUGCUCAGAAAAGUAAACAAAACUGAAGCCUUGAUACUUGGAUAUUACUGAAUAUAUGUGCAUACAGAGCUGUGUGAAUCUGUUGGGUUGUUACAUUAACUAUUUACCAAAAGCGUCUGGGAAUAAUGAAUAAUGAGCUGGAAAGUUGACUUAACUUUGAUGUUUCAUUGCUGUAUGUUUUCCACUUGUAAAGACUGAAAGGUGGCAAAAGAAGCUGCAUGGUUUGUCUUUGGAAACUUACAUUCCCUCAAAGCUCGUACCCUUGGCUAGCCUCCACUGCUAGGGUGUUUGUCUGGGUAUUAAAAUGUCAGGGCACAUCACUUGUGCAGCGAGAGCUCCAGCCUUUGUGCAAAGGAUCUAAUUUUCUGCCCCAUUUGCGGCUGCCACUGCAGAGGUGCUGGUGCUGGUCGACUUCGAGGGCACCAUGGGAGACGAGAUCUCAGUAAAGAUGGGGGAUGUGGUGAAAAACGUCACCAAGGCCAGUGAGGAGGGAUGGCUGGAGGGGGAGCUCGGAGGGAAGAGAGGCAUCUUUCCUGCCACCUUUGUCAAGGUCUGUAAAUGCUGCACGGCUUACAACAUCAUCCUGUAACGUCACGAUGAUGUGUGUUUUUGUGUUCGUGUUGAUGUUAAGAUAUGACCUUUUUUUCUUUUCUCUUUUUACAGGAGGUGCCGAUCUAUUUGAUAGGGGACAGCAAGAGGGAACCAAGAAGUCUGAGAAAAAGUAAAACAAUGUUUGAAUUCACAGAACCUUAUUUCUUUACUGAAAGUAGACACUGUAAUUUUUAGGAUAUCCCCUCUGACAUCAUUUCCUUUUCCCUACAUUUGAUCAUAAGAACAUUAUCAGAGCUCCCUUUGUUUACAUUUGCUCCUAAAUGUAAUAUUUACCCACUAUUUAGUUAACUUUAUACUACACAGAUAUCAAAAUGAACACUGCAAUUUGCUGUAUUUCCCUUUCUGAAUGGGACUCGAUUCAAUAAUUCAGAUGUAGAUAUUUUUGCACUGUUACAGCGCACCGUCAGGCAACUGCUGCUGCUGUUAGUUCAGGGUGGUUAUGAUGUUCUACAUUUAAAUUUUACCCUUUAAAUAUAGCACACUAUUGACAUUUAUUUUAGCUUGCAACAGGCUCUAAGGGCCUGAAAAUUCAAGCGAGGUAAAUGUGGUGCAUGCACCCAGCAAGACAGUGCAGAGCACACGCCGACUGUAAAUAUACAUCUACCACAUCCUGGACUCACGAAACCCUUAUUAACAUCUUUGAAAAUAGAGCAGAUAAAACAAACAAUGCUUCAGAAGGAUUAAACAUGUGAGAGACACAAAUGAGCACCUUAAGGCCAUCCUGUUGGGAUUAGCCGGCAUCCUCUUAAUCCAAACGCAUCAUUAUAAAGCUCCAGUGUCUUUAUAAGCGUUUUGAUUUGAAACUUUGCAUCUAUUCGCCGAAGUAACAGCUGAAUCUUUGUCUUUCCAGCAAAGAAGAUGAAACAAGUGAGGAAAUGCGAGGUGAUGUUUGCCUACACCGCCAUGAAUGAUGACGAGCUGGUGCUGAAUGUUGGAGAGACUGUAGAGAUCCUCAAAGAGGUAAAGUCCCCUCUUUUCAUUGCUGCUGAAGCUUUCUUAGGUGUAAAUAAAGAGCAUUUUUCUCAUAACAGAGUCACUGAUAGUUGGUGUUACACUCUCUUUGUGUUUGGCUGACAAAGCAUGUUCUCCGGACAAAUCACAGCUUUUUUUUUCACAACAAUGUGUGAGAAGUGAUCUAACUGGUUCUGUGGGUUCACGUCACCAAGUUACAAGAGAUCUCCAAACAGUGACUCGAAACUUUGGAAUGUACACAGAAAAUAAUUAUCGAAGCUUCUCGACACAUGACGUCAAAUAAUAGAAAUGCAUGCGGGACAAAAGAGUGAAGAGACACGUCCAAAGAUCUGAUCGGAAACGAUAAUUACAGUUACAUGGUUCACAAACAGCACAAUAGUAGGGGGCAUUAUGGACUGGUCUUAUAACCUAUAAAGGUUAGCUGUUAGCAUACACCUUAAUGCUGAACAGGCAAUGAACUGCCAUGUGAUUUAUUGCACUAUUGGGGACACAGAAUCUGUGCGUUUCAGUUACCAAGUUGGAAAAAAGCUAAAUCGGAGGCGGAAACAAGAUGGUUAACAAGCGCUAAGAUAACUUUUGUAAAUGUAGCCAUCUUGUUUCAGGUCUCAGAUUUUCAGCUCUGACAUCUGACUUCCGUGGUAACUCAACCGCAGCAUUUUAGCCAAUCCAUCCACAUUCUCGUUCUGUACUCUGUAAAUUAGGCCAUCAUUAGAUUAGCCCCCACCAAAAGAUUAUUACGCCUAAUCCAAACCUAAAAUCAUUCAGGUUUGUAAAAUGACAUUUUUAUUUUUUUCCCUUUUUUGACUUAAAAAUCAAUCUCUAUUACAGACAUAAAAUCUUUAUUACAUUGUAGAUUUUAGGGUCAGGCGUCAAAAGCUAAAAAUGUGGGUUUUAGCCAAAACUAUCCUGCAGCUAACAAUGCUAAUUUCAUAUUUUCUCACAUAUUUUAUGGCUCUCUCCCUCUCUCCUGAUUUUAUUUUCAUGAAACAGAUAGAAGAUGGAUGGUGGAUGGGGCUGAAAAAUGGCAAAAUUGGAGCUUUUCCAUCUAAUUUUGUCAAGGAAAUAUUCGUUUCCCCAAAAGGUUGGUAAAGCUAACAUUCCUGUUUAUGCUUCAACUCCUACAUUUUGCACGUCUUCGGCUCUAACACAGAAUAUUGGUGACUGCUCAUUACAGAGAUUAAACAAAAUGAAGGCAAGGCAAGACCCAAGCUCAGUGAUGCAGUUUUCAGUAAAGAGGUAAGUAAUGUAGAGUAAGUGUUUAUUUAACGUACAAUUUGUGUGGAUUGAACUGAAAUGUGUUUUUUGUUCUGGGUCUGUUUUCAGAUUACUCAGAGGGCGAGUGUGAGGAACAAAGGAAAGCAAGGUGAGUUCACACGCUUUCGGGUUUGGGCGGCUAGAUGAUUAACUGUGUGUAAAGGCAUGGACUUAAUAGCAGAGGAAUCCACUUUCCUUUUGCAUUUGGGGAAAACAUUUCAAAACAAGCUAGACAGGUCAAGAAGAUGGUCAGGUCUGUUCACACCCUGGAACAAAUUACAAGUGGGAAAUCCCCACUCGAUCACCUGAGUGGUUUUAGGGUUUUAGGGUGUACAAGUGGGAAUCCCUGCACUAUCACCUGAGUGUUUUGAGGGUAGGGUGAACUAUUCAGACUUACUGUGUGUCUCAAAUUAACCACUUUAUAGACUGUUUCGCCAUAGAAGAUAGAAGAUCCGGUGAUUAAAGUUUACAGCUUUUAUCUCUAAAUUUCACAACUUCUUCCCGGUUGCUCUCUUAGUCAUGAUGCACUGGGUGUGUGCAAGAAAGACAAGGUUCACCCUUAUUGUUAGACGCUGUUAUUUCUGUCUGAAUAAUUCAGAAGAGUCUAUGACUAUACUAACCAUAAUAUGUGUCACUGUGUCUCCUUAGUGGCGGAGUGUUGCCAAGCCAUGUUUGACUACAAGGCCAAAGCUGGGGAUGAGCUGGAUCUGAAAAAAGGCGACGUUGUGAUGAUCCUGAGAAAGGUCUGGACCCACGGUGUUGUUAUUUUCCUGGCAGUGUUUUCCCAUGAUGUCAUGCCUGUAAACACCUCUGGGUGUUUCUUACAAAGUAGUUCCACUCUUGUAUCAUAUUGUCCAACCAGCCAAACCAGUUGUGUCACCUUCAAGGAGAUUAUAUCCCACCACUGUGCGCGGUGACGUGUGUUUUCAUUGCACAAAAAUGGCAGCUGGUUUAAUCAGAUGGUAUCACGAAGAGAAAAAAAAAAGAGUUUACAUGUCCUGCUUGACCGUUAGGUAACCUCUUGAGCUGUAAUUUGACAUCCCAAAGGACCCUGCUGUUGUGUUUGAGCUCCUAAUGUGACUCUUUAAUCUCCGUCUGAAGGAAACAGAAGAUGAAGGCUGGUGGGAGGGAGAGUUAAACGGGUGCUGCGGCUUCUUCCCUGAUAAUUUCGUCAUGGUGAUUCCACCGAUGGACCCUCUGAAAGUGAGUAAACUUCAAACUGUCUCAAGACUAUCAGAGGACCUUGUUCGCAGACGAGAUAUCCGAGUUUUGUCAGCUGAAUUGCGCCGCCAUGAAUCCAUGGAACUACUUGAUUGUAAUUCUUAUUUUUUAUGAUAUACAAACUGGAUUAAAUCAUGUUAGUUUAUCUGCUGCUGGCUGGUUCUUGUCUUAACGUUCAAGUCAGCUCACAGUGAGUCAGGGUUGUGUUUAACAUCCUCUGUUUUGGAGUUACUCACUGAAAAUUCCCUCAGUGGAAAGAGUGUGAAAUAGAAAUGCCUUUAAAUUCAUGAGGGGACGUUCUUGCCAACCUGUUGACUUCUCUGCUUCUUCCCCUCCAGUCUGGGACCACAAACCAACCGCCAGCUCGCAACAUCAACAAGCAAGUCCCAGGUAAGAGAACUUCGCGCCGCGCUGCACUGAUCAAACAAACAGGGACAAAUACUGUUUGACAUGUUUUAAAGGUUCUCGUCUGACUCAUGGGUUCUGGCUGAUGCACUCGUGUUUAGUCUGGCACUGCGGUGAGGCAGUUUGGACUGUGAAGGACUGUUGUUUUAGCUGAUGGAGACGUUGGCAGAGGUUUUGGCGAGGGGAUUUUCAGUGAGCGGCGUAGAAGCAGUCAGAUUGGUCCUCUGAUUAGUUUCAUUAUGUUAAUGUAGAGCUGAUGCUGAGAGCACAUCCACUACAGCUCUAAAUAUUGAUUCAUUAAAUUAAUCUGACUUCUGUUUCCUCCACUUUGCACCGUGCUUUACUACUUUGAUAAAGUGAUUUCAAUUAUUGCGCUUAAACUACUCUUACUGCGCUACAACUAGGAAGCUAUUAUUAUACUUUUCCUUGACCACAUUUGUCUGACAGAUCAGGCUACAAGUUACUUUGCUAAUUUGAAUUGAUUAUUACAAAUCUAUCUAAUUAAAAGUGGUGUUUUAUUGUGCAGUAAAGCUUGCUCCUCCUCUACAGCAGCAACUUUGAGCUUACUCCUUUAACAUCAAUAUAUCCAAAGUAACAACAUACUUGUGUCAAACUGUGUGAUUUAGAAAUCGGCCAUCUUUGAACAGUGCUGUCAGAAAGUAUUGCUUUUGACGGUUGUGGUGCAUUUCUGUGGUGAUAACUGUGUGCACGAUCUGUUCUAAAAUUUGAAACAGAGCUUUGGUCUCAAAAAAAGUGUCUCUACUGGGAGGUGUUGUUCCCAGAAAAGUUCUUCACCACAGUUAAAUCAACUCUGACAGUAGAUUUAAAGUGCAGUUGAUGCAGCAGUCUUAAACCUUUAGAUGAAAUAAGCCGUAGACAGCUGCGUUCACUACAACACAAGCUUUGUGUCAGUCUGCUUUAAGGAAGUGUGUAUUUUAUUGACUGAUGUUGUUACCGUGGCUGGUUGGUAUCAGAGUUUCUAGUUAGUUAAACAAAUUAUAAUAUUUUUCCUACUCUAGAUCAAAAAUGGUUGUCAUGCGUCUUCCACCAACUGGAGCUGGAGCUCAGUAGCGGCUUCUGUCAUAACACUGCAGUACUCUGCUCAUGACAGUUUGGCAGUAUUUUGGACAUUAACCUGCAAAGAGGACCAAAGGUUAGAGGUGGUUGACUGUUAGCAUUAGCUGCAUUGACAAACUACUUAAGUUCACCCACAGACUCUGAGAUCUCUUGUUUUGAUGCAUUAGCUAAAUUGUGUUUUCAGCUGUUGUCUGAAUGUGUUUUCUCAACUCAAUUAUCUGGUCAGAAUUUGAAUUUCUGUUUAGACAACCGUGAAAUUAGUUGCUUCAGAAGAUCCCUCUGUUUAUAAAUCAGGACUUGAUAUUGAACAAGAUAGUAUGGCUAAAAUUUAAAGCUGCUAUAAGGAGUUUUUUAUGUUUAUGAAACAGACUGAAAUUUGUAAUGAUGCCCUCCUAAAGUAAGCAAGAGCAUCAAGGAUGAGAUUCAUUAUUUGUAUAUCUCAACUUUUAAUUCCUUAAACUGAUGCAAUUUUCACAUGAGAAAAAUCACCAAAAAUGACACAUUUGACUGACAACAGUCACCAGGAUGAGAUGUUUUUGUCAAAAGGCACAACCUAAUCUUGUAGAGGACAUGAUAAGUAAAAGCAGCUUUGUUCACAGGGGGUGCCGAACUCGACCUCGACGGAAAGUUCUUCUUUCAAACUUUUAGUUUGUGUCUACUUUAGCGCCCCAUGUAAAAACAGUUAUUUGUAUUUCUAGCUGAUUUUGUUCCGCACAGGUUAGUAGUAUUUUUUUUUUCAUUGCUUUCUUUCGAUUGUUUCCGAAAGUUUCACUCAGCAGGAGUCUUUGUUGAGGAAGAUGUAAAGACAGCUGUUUCUGUAGGAUGACAUGAAUCACCUUCUCUGGAACUGAAAAUGAUGAUGAAGAAAUAAUUUAUUUGUAAUCUCAUGGGGCAGUUUGCUUUUGUAGGCCAUGUAGAGGCAUCAAUAUAAAUUUCAGUAAGAACUCCACAUAGGAUCUUUUAAUUAUUAAGAUAAUUCAGUUAAAUUUUUUUGGUUAAUGUAAUGUAAAAAGGGAAACAGUCAUCAGCACUCUUUAAAACAAAAAGAUGUCAAAACAAAUCUGUGAGUCGCACACAGAGCAGGAUGUGGCAUCUUAUCAGGCUGCAGCUGAGGUGUUCUGCUUGUGGUGCAAGAUGCAAAUUCGGCAAAAUUAAGCACAAAGAAAAUGUGAACUUUAAACUUCCUUUAAUAGAAAUUCCUUUUCAGUGGUUUGACAAGCAAGUGACAAAGCUCUGUCCAAGGUGUCCAAGGCUAAAGCCCUCAUUUACUACCUGAAUAUCAACAGUGUGCUGCCAUAUCUACACUGCGGCCACAUUACAAUUACAGUUUUUUUUUCCACACUGUAUCACUCACAAGAAUUUCACAGGAAGUCUGAGACUAUAGAGAGAUGGGGGAUGGUUAGACUAGUCAUGUGACAUAGUUCAGGAGUCUUGGAGGAAACAGGGGGUAGGGAGGGAGGGAGGGAGACGGAGGAGAGCUUUGUCACAGAGAUUUUCACAACCAGCACAAGAAGCAGUGCUUGAGCUACAACUGCUGUGUGGAUGGUUUGUUUGAGAGGGACUGUUGCAUAAUGCUCUGAACACUCAAGGUAGGCUUCCUGUUGUGUCAUUCCGUCUUAUCCAUCUCUUGUUGUGCAAAGUGAUGUGUUUUUAAAUGCUAUUAAGUAAUGUAGUUUAACUUGUUAGAGUUGCUCUGUUAUUUAUUUAUGCUGCAGUGUAGCCUCUUCUGUUUGGAGUAAGAGCUUGACUUGCAUGACAGAUAGAAAUCUGCAUCUUUUCCUUUAGUCUUCAUGGCAAAAGUCUCUUCAGUGGCUGUAUUUUUCUCUGAGCUAAACCAGACUGACUGUCCCUGAUGAACUUGUUGGGACCCAUGGGAACUGUUCCUGCAGUGCUAUUGGAUACAGCUGUGACCCGGCCUCCCAAAGUGAUAGUUCACAUCUCUGCCGUCCCAUGCAACUGCUCAUAAACUAGAUUACAGUUUAAUUAAAAGACCAGAAGCGUUUUUUCUCCACCACAUUAAACCUUUAAUGCUUUCCAAACAAACACAAAUUCAUCUCUUUUGGCUAAUAAAAUCAGCCCACAGCUUUUUACUGCUGGUAUUUAAGUCUUCCCCAGUCAUGUCAUGGAAACAAUGCAGCAUUAAUACAAUAGCAGUGUGAGCAGAGUGUAUCAGAGCUUUCUCUUAUUACAGGAAAAGCACACCUACAUGAGGUGUUAAGGCUUGUAUCUAUCAAAGAUAGAUCUGCUGAGCAUGCAUGCUGCUUAUAGUAACAUCCUGCUCUAUCCUCAUGCUGUUAGCACAAAACACCUGCACGCCCUGCAGACUGAGAUUAAUCUGAUGUUGUUGCUAAUGUGGAGGAUCUCUCUUCUUUAUUUUGUGCUACAAAUAUUUUCUAUUUAAACAGGGGUUUUUUUUUUAAGUGGGGUUGUGUAAGGUCAGUGUAAGUGUGGUACCUACAGGGAAUACUUGAGAUGCCCUGCAGGCAAAGCAACGUGUAUAUGUUGGGUCCAAAAGGAGAGCGAAAAAACUGGGUUAUUGGCAAUGAAAUAAGCACUAGAAAUUUUCAAAUAGAGUGUACUCUUGCAACGUCAUUAAUGUUUGGAUUAUGCUUUUUUGAAAUUAGCUAAACUACAUGAUGUUGUCUCCAUCCACGGUGGUAGAUAGUGCAGCUUCUGUUCCUGCUCUCGGUUGGGUUUCUCUCUAAGGGGCCACUUACUAUAAACAAAUACCUCAUACCACCCUACUUCAAAAUGCGAUAAUAAUCUUAAAUGAGACUUUUUCUAGUAAUGCUACUAGACUUGCAGGUGCAGACCACAUUGGUAUAGGAAGUUAGUCUGUUUGAGAGGUAUGAAGAAUAUCGUCCGUUAGCGUUCCGUGUAAACAGAAAAACAGCUUUACACUAAGCAAUAGACAGCUACCAGACGUCUAGUUUUUUUUAGACUUAAUUUCAACCGUCUAGAUUCUGUAUAUUUUUAGACAGAAUUUAGAUGUUGCACUUUAACCCAUUAUUCGAUAACUAUUUAUUUCAAAAAGCAACUUUGAGUUGCAUAACUGAUCUCCAAGUACUUAACCAAAAUAAUUAUGAUAGCCGAGCAAUAUACAGUGUAGUAAAGAUAUAGCCCAGAUUUAGACUUGGUCUUAACUUGGUCUAAAUUCAGACAUCUAAAAAACUGUAGUUUUCAGACCUGUGGGGCCUGAUUUCAGACCAGUUGUCUAGGCUAUAUCUAGACGUCUAUUAGACCUCUUUUGGACCAAAAAAUGCUCAGUGGGUUAUACGAAGAGUCGAAUCAGUUUGCCAUAACAAAGUCACAGAACUCAACAGCUUUCUAACAAUGACUUAGCUACCUAUAUUAAAUUAUAUAUUUGCAUGACAGUGUAACUAGAAAUCAGCAGAUGACGUGUCUCAACCCCACAUUCACUCUCAAAGGAAAUCUUGCCUAACAGUCCUUUACCGUUAACAAUCUCUCCAGGGACAGACAAGAGCUGAUGGGUUUCAAGCCUAGUUUUUAACCAUCACAACUUUGUAGUAAUGGUUAAUUUAUCGCUACUUUUUCAGCAAAGACAGACACGUCAGCGAUGGAGAAAGGUGGACCAGGAAAGACAAAAGGUAAAAAUAGAAGUGGUUUCGCAAGAAUUCCCACUGGACACUCUACCGUUAAAAGAUAUGUUCAGAGGUGAUUUAACGAGUUUGUGUUCCAGAUGAUAAACCAGACGGUAAGGACCUAAGAAGCAACCCUCCAACCAAAGUCAAGCUGCCAUCCUUCAACAAGCCCAGCCCACCCCCAGUCAAAGACAAACCCAACAAGGUUUUAACCAAGUAAGUGAUGCCAACAGCAGCACCUCUGAUUCUGUGUCUAAAGGACUAAUGUGUGUGCAGAAACACAAAGGUCUUACAGCAGAAUAAUCCCUCCAUGUCAGGGCCAUGAAUGGUAAUUCAUUAGCAACCUUUUUUGAGGCAAAAGGCCUUUUAGAAAUGUCAGGAACAAUUUCUCCUCUUCAGUCUGGCACUGAGAGCGGCGCCUUCAGAUGUUAAAGGCUUUGGUCACCGCCAACAGUUGCCAUGGUGUCCUUAAAGAAGAAUGCCAGGAUGCCCGACCUUUAGUGGCUCAGUGGAAACUCUGGGAUGAGUCAGAUCGGGCCCAAACAGACGAGAGCAGCCUAUUUCCUGUUUCCUGAGCGAAACACACACAAACAGGCACACACAUGCCAGACUGAGAAAACAAAAACGGCCCUGUCUUGAGGGGACUGCUAAUGGAAAACAACCUUUUACUAACACGCAAAAAUUCAAGAACAAGAUACCUUCCAAGUCAGCUUACUAAAGAAACUUUCACCGUGUGUUAAAGUUUGAUUUUUCACGCCUUGACCCAGGGGUGAAUCUAAUCUAUGCAUUAAGGUUAUUUAAAUUGAGUUGUACAUGCACUUUAAAGGUGAAACACUUCACUCUACAAGAUGGGAAGUGCAAAGAGACUUGAAAUCAUGCUCUGCACCUGCUCCUAUCAAAGCUAAGGAAACCUGAAACCACAUUCAAAGAGCUUUUCUUUUGCAAAUGUAACCACAGCCUGCAGUUUUCUUUCACGAGUGAAGCUAUUAAAGCAUCUCUGAGAUAUGCUAACAGUGCUUUUCCCUUCAGUGCUCCUUUCUGUAAUCACAAAUGCCUAAUAUUGUUUCUUCUUUCUUUCAGCAGAACCAACGGUGAUGCAGCUCCCCUUUCAUCGAAACAACCAGAGGAGAAAGACUCCAACCACUUCGAAGGUGUGGACCCGCAGACUGAAAAGCUGAGUCAUCCUACAGCAAACAGAGCCAAGCCCCCGCAGAGGAGACCACCGUCAGGCCUUGUCGCAGCAGUCAGUGAUAGAUUCAUAUUCAUUCUUCAUUCUGCUUGAAGUGUGUUACAUGACUAAGGCAGACACCUGUAACAACUGCUGAACCACAACAGUAAUAACUCUCACCACUAUUUCUGCAGAUGACCUUUGCAACUAGAGAUUAUCAGUGAGGCAACUCCCUUCUUUAUCUUUUGCACACUUGUCUGGUAAAGCUAGAAAAACUGCCUCUCUUUAAACAGAACAGUUUUACGUUAUGCUUUGCUGCAAUAGUCAUAUAUUUCUCUGUCAAGUUUUUAUCUGCGCUGCUACAGCAAACGUUUUAUUUAUUCUCUUAUUGCUUAAAGGGAAGGCAGCCCCUUUGAGAUCAGUAUCUUUACUUGCAGAGCCAGUAGAUCAAAAUACAAUGAAGCCACAAGAUGUGUCUGAGCAAAGGAAAGGCUCAUGAUUUAAACACAUUCCAUUCCACUUUCAUGAACAACUCGUUUGGACCUGAUCUCUAGAGUAAUUCUUGGAAAAAGCAGGUAUCCUAAAUCCCUUAAAUAUCCUUUUAUGGAUUGCCCUUGACUGCUUUAAAGUCAGAUCUAGGUGUGUAUUUGGCACAGCUGCAGUUUUCAAAGAAAGUUUUGAGGAAUGAUGUCCAUUGACUUUAUAUGGAUGUAUGUUUCUCUCCUGCAGGCCCAGAGUGCCACCGACCAGACAGAUUCAGAAUCAUCGCCAAAAAGGCCUCAGACAGAGAAAACUUCUGGUUUACGAAAGGUUUGUGACUUAAAACUCAAGAACUUUCUACUCCAGUGAAGCACAAGCAUGUAUGGAAUUGAGUUUGUAGGGACAUUGGUGAUGCUAAUUAGAAUCCUGACAGGGUGAGCUAGACCCUGAUGCAUAAUGAAAGGGAUGAGUCCUACUUUGUAUAACCACCUGACUACUACUAAUUAAAGAAAUGAAGUUCUCACAAACAAUUGAUGAUUACAGAGAUACAACUUAAAAAAUAUGCUGCGUUCGAGUUACCUCGGAAGUAAGAUGUCGGAGUUGGAAAUGACGUCACACCAGAGUUACCAGCGUUUAGUUACCAAGUUGGAAAACAGAAAAAUCGGAGGCAGAAACAAGAUGGCUACAUCUACGAAAGAGGAUGCUAAAAUAACUUAAAAAUAACUAAAAUAACAAGCGCUCAAAUAACUUUCGUAGAUGUAGCUAUCUUUUCUCCACCUCCGAUUUAGCUUUUUUCCGACUUGGUAACUGAAACGCUGGUAACUCGGGUGUGACGUCAUUUCCAACUUCGACAUCUGACUUCUGAGGUAACUCAAACGCAGCAAUAGUCCCUCUGCUGUCAUGGCAACAGAUUCUCACCAGCCUACUUGUACUUAAAACGAUCAAAUCAGAACAUUAGACUACUUAUGUAAAAUGUUAAUACUUUUGCCACAAUGUCAACAGACAGCUGACAUCUACUUGACUCUUUUACCUGGAUUGUAAAAUCUGCUUAUUUUUUCACAGAGUACAGAAAAUCUCCUGCCGUCACCUGCAAAGCCCGACCCCCGACCGAAAACACCGCCUCCCACUCGCCCAGUACCACCCAAAGUGGCGGUAGAUGGCAAGACGGUCACCCUUAAAGAUGAGCCGACCAUGGAAAGCCUGCAGGCAGAAAUCAAAGAGCUGAGGGUAGCUCUGGAGCUGCUGCAGACCCGACAGGAGUGAGUGCCGCUCAUUUGUCUACAACCUAAAUAGCUGAGUCAUGUUUCAAAAGAUAAGAGCUACCGUACUUUUCAAAAAAUUCUCAUCGCUUAAAACCACACAGAUGUUCUUGCCUGAGAGGGUGUAGACGGACUCUCCUAUCCUGAGUGAAUCUUGUGUGUGUUUGUUGACACAAGCUCAAGCAGGAAGAGUCUAAUCGGAGCUUAAACAGCAGCAAAAACAAGACUUCCAAUCCUCCCUCAGAAAAUAGAAAAAAGGGACUCAAAGACUUUGAAUCUUUUGCGUCAUUUGGUCUUGUGGAAGCGCUUUAAUGUGAAGCAUCACAGCAGCUUGGUUGGUAAACUAUGCUGUGUGCAGUUGCGGGCAUGUGAUAUCCUGCCUACUUUACUUCCUGCUGCCUGAGCAUGUGAUUUGAUCCUGAGUAGCUGAAUCACAGAAAUUAUAAAGGGCUUAAAAUUAAAAGAUUUUUAUCUAUCUAAUUUCAGAAAAGCCUUUUUAUUCAGAAAAUCAUGCUCAAACUGUCUUUCCAAACAGUUGCCUAACCUUGCAUUCACAAACUUACUGAGUACCGACUAGGCUUGGCUGACAUCUCCUAUAAUGUUUUGUUAUUUUUGUUGUGACUGGACCAAAACCGCAAAGUUGCAAAAGCUACAGACUAAACAAUGGACUAAAACCUGCAAUAAGGCUUUAUAAAACAGAUCUGAGAUUUAAAUAGCAGGAAUGACCCUGUUUACAUUCAGUGUAUAAUCAAAAAAAGCUGCUAAAUUAAUGGGUUAAAGAUUAAAACUGUUCCUGUUUUGAUCAAUUUAACCCCAAAUUAAAAAGUAUUGAACUUUGACAGUUUGACAGAACUUUUAUCUGUUCGUUUGAUUUUUGUUUAUCUUGACCUACUUUGGCAAACUCAUGUCUGCAACCUCCUGGUUUUGUUUCUGUCUCUUCUGAACAGGCGAGACAUACAAGAAGUGAAAGAAGAACUGAAGGAGGAGCGAAACAAACGAAUAGCGCUGCAGGUUAGUGAGGCGUGUUUUGCAUGCGGUUAUAUUGUUUGAUGAUGCUGCAAAAGGGAAAAAUACAGAGGCAGACUGCGGCUUUGAUUGUUAUUUGUUUUUCUCCCCAUUCAGGAGGAAAUAAAAGCUUUGAGGAUGAAGCAUUAACUCAAACACGGACUGGGACUGGGCUGCUGCUCUGACACAGCGCCAUACAAGCUCCUGCACUGCAGACGAGAUGAGAUGAACAUUUUUCUGACAUGGACUGGGCACAGAGAGGACAAGCGAACCCUCCAACUGCUGGCACGCCGCUGAGGGCUAAAUUUGGAUGUUUGACAAAGGAUCACGCUCACCCUGCACUGAACUGGAGAGUCCUGAUCCUUUGAAAGACUUUAACUGUUCAAGUUUUAACAUAUUUGAAUGCUGGAAAUCUUAAAUAUUGGUCUGCCUGGGUUAUUCUUGGUUCAGAGGACUGUUUUGUACUUUUCUGUUUUAUACUUUUCUUUUUAAACUGUCACCUCAAUCACUCUUCUCACAGAACUUACUGUACAAUUGUACUUUUUACAUCCAUAAUAAUGAAUGCAACAUGUGAUAUAUGCAGCUGUGCAUAAGAGGAAAUAUUGUCAUGUCUUUUGCAAAGACCUAAAAUAUACUUUUAAGUCAAGGAA